GCAUCGCCGACGAAAAUGCAUCAUUGUGCAGUGACUGCAACCUGACAGGUUGAAGAGCGGCCACGCGACGGCACGAGCGUUCAGAAGUGCUGGAUACUUCGCCCCGAGCACACGUAGCGUCGAGAAACCGCGCCGGCCAACCACGACGCACACACGACUCCGAACAGUGUUUUAAAAUUUUAAAAUUGGAACUUUAAUUUUUUAAAGUGAACAAAUUUUUUCUUGGUGUGCACAGCGUAAAGUCUUAACCAUGUGGAACUUUUUACGGACAGCGCUGCUGCUGAUGACGAUCGCGGCGUGCCAGUGCUCCUCGCCCGGCAACAGCCUGCAGAAGACUGACAAGCUGAAGCCAGACCCCACCACCCACGAGCUGCUCAGCUCACUCGGCUUGAAGAAGCUGAGGGUGCCGGCGGCGCACCAUCGCAAGCGCCUGGCGGAGCAGGGCCGCCGCCACGCCACCGGCGACUCCAGGAUGUUCGUCAUCAAGCUGCCCCCGAAUCUAAACUACUACACGCAUGCCGACCCCGCCCCCGCAGCCGCGCGCACCCUGCCGCUACAGAUGCACAGCAACGGCAAGCCGGCAAGAGUCUACCACUGGAAUAUUCCGGUUCUGCAGAAGAUGGCUAAGAACAGGCCUCAGGCGAGAUUCGAUGAUGACAUCGUAGACGUGGAGAGCCGACCCACCUGGCCCAAGGGCGCCCACGGACACCCCAACUCGCUCGACGCGCUCGCGUACUACGUGCCUGAGAAGAAACAGUCGUUCAGAAAGUACUUUUCCGGAAAUGGAAAGCCGAAAUCGUUUUAUAUCAUAGAGAAAAGCAAAAAGGAGGCGGAAUUCCAUAGACUACUCCCGUAAUUUGUUCUAAAAAGGUUUUCUUUCCUUGAUCUUUUUUUGUAUGAUCUGGUUAAUUAACAUCUUAUAGACCAUCUUUUACUAUCGACAAAAACAGUUUUAGUUUUCCUUAUUUCGUAAGAUGUCAUUUUAAGUUCAUUUUUAAGUAUCCCUCAGUGUCUAUUUAUUUAGAAGUGUAAAUAUAUAAGUCUGCUGAAUGCAUUUCAUAGUGAUAAGUAAAUAAAUAGGUGCUUGUAAUGUAAGUUUUAGUAAGACUGCGAAACGAAUUUAAAUUAUUUGUAAUUUAAUUCUACUGUUAUACCUACUCCGAUAUCAGAUAAAAAUUAAAUCUGUUUUUUUGUAUCUUACCGUUGCCUAUGUUAGAUCAACCUUCAGUUCCCCUUACAAACAUAAUAGCAAAAUUAAAUUGUGGGUGUAAGUAAAUAGCUGCAAUUUUGUUUGUAUGUAGAUCUGGGGGUUCCCUUAAUCAUGCUACUUAUCUAUACCUCCUGCUUAAUGCAAUUACUGAUUAGAAACUGUGCAAAAUUUUACUGUUACUAUGGACCCACUGUCUCACCAAUUAAAGUCUGUAGAAAAUUCAAAUGUAAACAUUUAGAGAGACACCCUACCUAGUAAAUCUAAACACAUAAAUAAUUAAGUAUACUUCGCUGCAAAAUAUUGCAACUAAUGUGAAAGUUGGUAAUGUGAAUGCUACUAUCUACUCCGUAUCCUAUUAUUAGUUUUGCCAACGAAACAUUUUGUACAACAUUUUAAUUGUAGUAAUAAAAUAUUUUAUUAAAUUCGUAAUGU